UCGAGUGUUUAAGGCGACUACGACCAUCACAAUCCUAAAGAUGUUAACCCCGCAUUGAAGGGGAAAGAGCUUCAGUUGCAUUAGGACUCCCUGCAACAGGGGAUGGAUGGGGAAGGUCAACCUUCCUUCCAUGAUGGCCUUCGUCUAGAAUGACAUCAUGUCCUCACUUCCCCAUGUCCCUUCUAUAGCGAGUGGGGUUCAAGGGGAAGGUGAAGACAGGCUCACGAAUAUGGUACCUGACCCUAAAGGUAUGGAUGUUCUCGUAUGUUACUUGGGUCCUCCUCAUUUUGUGGGUAGUACUGGCCCUAACAAAUGUUUCCCCCUUAGUUCUACUAGUUCUGGGCAUCGAAGGGAGCUAAGGGGACGAAAUGUAGAAGAGAUGAAGAGAGAAAAAGCUCAAGUGGAAGAACUUACAGGAGGGUGGUCUUCGGAGAGAGCUCGGAGGACCAAGGAAAACUCGGAGGACAGGAGAGCACUCAGGGUCUAAUUGCUGAGGAGAGAUGAGGGAUGCAAAAGUUCUAAGAAGGCAGAGAAACCCCCUAUUUAUAGUGCCUUGUAAGGAGCAAGAAUCGAGGAGUUAGCUCAUCAUUAGGGCAUUUGAAAAGG